GCUCCAGACUCAAGUUGGUUUAGACUCAAAUCUGGUCAGCAAUAAAUGAAGCUACAGAGCCUGCUGAUUUGCGGGCUUGCCCAGUGGGCAGCUGCUGCCAAAUUCUGGACUGCCUCUAACGGCAGCGUCUUCGCCAAUGCCAGUGUCUCCAAAAACGAUGUGAUUCAAUUCACGGAAGAUGGCAAGUGGACGGCUGAUUUCACCGGCUGUGUGGAGGUCCUGGUGGUUGGCGGCGGUGGAGGCGGCGGCGGCCGCUCAGGAGGUGGUGGUGCUGGGGGCGGCAUGAUUCAUGUGCCCUGCUACGCAGUGACCAAGGGCCAAGAGUACACCGUGAACGUGGGUGCAGGCGGUGCGGGCGGAGUUGGAACGGGUCAAGUUGGCAAAACUGGCAGCGACUCCAAGUUCGGCGAGCUGGUGGCCAAGGGAGGUGGUGGAGGUGGCAGCGACGGGGGCAACGGUGGCACUUCCGGUGGAUGCGGCGGCGGCGGCCGGUAUGGUGCUGAUGGUGGGGGCGCGACCCAGUCGUCGCAGGGGGGCGACUCCGGCAAGUUCGGCUUCGGCUUCGCCGGGGGCUCCGGUACCUCUGGCACUUGGAACGCCGGCGGCGGAGGUGGCGCUGGCGGCGUGGGAGUCUCAGGUACUGACAGCACCUGUGGCAACGGCGGGCCUGGCAAGGAGGUGUGCAUUACAGGCACAUGCGCUUUGUAUGCUGGCGGUGGCGGCGGUGGUUCACACAACCCGGCCUGCAGCUCUGGUGGUGAGGGCGGAUCCGGUGGCGGUGGUGCCUGCGGCACGCCAGGGGGAAGAAACCCAGGUGCGGCCGGGAGGAACGGCAUGGGUGGCGGUGGAGGUGGUGGGUCCACAACUUCUUCCAGCGGAGGUGGUGGAGGCGCUGGUGGUUCUGGCAUCGUGAUCAUAAAGAAGCAGCAAAGAGGUCCCCCCACGUCCACCUUCCUUGAGAGUACAACCUGGGUAUCCACCUUCAGUGGAUGUGCCAAGGUCCUUGUGGUGGCUGGAGGCGGAGGUGGCGGUGGCCGCUCCGGCGGCGGUGGCGCAGGGGGCGGCGUGGUGGAAGUGGACUGCGUGCAGGUCACCGAAGGCACCAGCUACGAGGUCGUAGUGGGCGGGGGUGGAGCUGGAGGCGGUGGCGGCGGCGCCAAGGGCACCAACGGCCAGGACUCCAAGUUCGGCGAACUCUUGGCCAAGGGAGGCGGUGGGGGUGGCAGCGAUGGCAGUGAUGCCGGCAGCGCCGGUGGCAGUGGCGGUGGCGGCAGGUACGGCAAAGACGGCGGUGGCGCGACACAGUCGUCGCAGGAGGGCGACUCCGGCAAGUUCGGCUUCGGCUUCGCCGGGGGCUCCGGCACCUCCGGCACUUGGAACGCCGGCGGCGGAGGUGGCGCUGGCGGGCUGGGGGUCUCAGGUACUGACAGUACCUGUGGCAACGGCGGGCCUGGCCACAAGAGCUGCAUCUCCGGGAACUGCGAGUACUACGGCGCAGGCGGUGGAGGUGGCUCCCACGAUCCCGGGUGCAGCUCGGGCGGUGAGGGUGGCGAAGGUGGCGGUGGUGCUGCAGGCGCUGCCGGAGGCAAGAACCCUGGGAAGAAGGGCGCCGCUGGCAAAGGGGCCGGAGGGGGCGGAGGGUCCACGAACGGCAGCAGUGGCGGGGCCGGCGGAGAGGGCAGUGGCGGCGUUGUCAUCGUGUCCCCAGCCACCACCGCGGACGGACUGCCCUUCUGCGCGGGCUUCAAGGUGUCCACCUCUUUUGGUUGUGACGAGGUCACGGACCUGGACAAGUGCCCCAAGAGCUACACCGACUCAGCUGGGCGCCACCUGCAGUGUGGCGUCUCUGGCAAGAACUGCCUGGCGAUUGGCCCCUUCUGUGGAGAAUGAGCGGGUUUCACAGAGUCGCCAGAUGCAGCGAGCCGAGA